GUGCAUCCUUUUCGAUGGGUAAAGUGCAUCGCGAGUGAAAAGUCGCGAGUCGCACGGUUGCAUCACACAUCGCGCACAGGUGAAUCGCUCUGGAAAAUUAAGCAGUUUAGCAGUUUUCCCGUCCUUGGGCCAGUGUUAUUUCCUAGUGCGUUCUAAUCCUACAACCGCCGACGCCUCAGUGCAAGUGCUAAAUCCGCGAAAGCCCCCUCGUUCCGGCCGGUUCGCGAAUUAUGCGCAAUACUUUGUUCGAUCUCCGCCGUGUUUGUUGUUAAAGUGGGAAGGAGGAGGAGGAGAUGAAACUCUUUUCGAACGCGCUGGUCCUGCGGAAGGUCAAUCGAUACCUACGGAAGAACGUCCGGGACCAGUCGCCGAACAUCCUGCGCCUGUGGGCCACCCAGUGUGAGUUUGUGUUUGCGCAGCAGCUUCGCCGGAGUCAGCAGAUUUUGGCGUUGUAUGCCAAGAUCUGGGAGGAACGGGCCCUGAGGGAACUGCUGAAAAAAUUCCGCGGACAGGUUCAGCGCCAUGCCAAAGGGCUCCUGCUGUCGUCGACCGCCCUGCUUGGCGCCUUCGACUGGGAUCGGGAACGCAUCGAGUAUGAAGACGUGAAGGAAUACUUUGACGAUUUCAGCUUUCUGGAUCGGCUGAAGAAGGAAACCAUCUUCUGCCCGCGGUGUCAGAAGCGAAAAGAAAUCGAUUGCCGAGUUGAAGGGAUCCGGUACUGCUGCUGUCCGAAGAAUGUGACCGAUAUGUUGUCCCGGGAGGAUAAUGAAUUCACCGCGUGGGAACCGUACAUUGAGCAGAAGACUAUGAUCACGUGGAGGAAAGAGUUCAAACCAGGGCUGUAUGCUUAUAAAGUGUUCGUCGAGUAUCCGGACAUUACGGCGGAGGACUUCUUGCACGUACAAACCGACGUUGAGUAUAGGAAAAAGUGGGACAACACCGCCGUCAGCUUGGAGGUAGUCGACGAAGACACCACCAAAGGAUCCAACAGCAGUAUAAUCUACUGGGAGAUGCUGUGGCCGAAACUGUUUGCCAACCGCGACUACGUGUACAACCGACGUUACUUUGUGGAUCGUUCACGCAAGGUGAUCGUCAUCGUGAAUAAAAGCGUCCAGCAUCCCAAAUGUCCGGUGAAACCGACCAACCAAAGAGUCAACGAGUACUGGAGUUUUAUGGUCAUCAAGCCAACCAGUGGCACUUUUAGCAAACCGGGCCUUUCGUUCAUAUUGACCUAUUUCGAUAAUCCGGGCCUGUCAAUUCCCAAGUACAUCACCAACUGGGUGGCCAAGAAGCAGAUGCCGGACUUUUUGGGCCAACUGCACCAGGCGACGGUCAACUACGCUUCGGCCAAGAAGCAAAACGAAACGAGAAUCGUGGAAUUCUGGGAUAAGCAUCGGGAUCCGGGUUACGAGUACCCGCCAGAUUCGCUACCCGGAUUCAGCAGUGAGGACUAUCUUCAGGCUCGCAGCGACAGUGAGGGCGGUACCACUCUUCAAGAAGAAGUAGAGAAAAAGCUGAAAUUUUGGCGCUAUGUCUUGUUUAGAAUAAAGUGAUGCUUUAAGGAAAAACGCGUUGAGUAGUUUGUGUUAGUGAAAAACGGCACACUGCACCUAGAUUAUGCUAAAAGCCAAUCCGAAACCCAUGCCGCAAGUGAACGAGCCAAACUCACUAAUUCACCACCCAGUGAAACCGCAAGCCCUGAACCGUGAGCAAAGUCCAACAACACCAUCAUCAACUGCAAUAGCCUCGACUGCAUCUUCGUCCUCGGUAGUACCGCAAUCUUCCCAACAAUUGCAAUCGCAAGAUGACUGUGGAUCGACGCAGAAAACUUCCUGGUGGAGUUAUCUCUAUUCGUAUUUAUACUUCAUAUGAGGAACUGAAACGAAACCGAACUGUACUGAGCAGCAGAACGCGAAAGCUGCUGCAGUUGAUAAGAUGCGUUUCAGUGAAGGCCUUUCUCGUACGCCAUCAUCGGUUAUAGUAAUCCUAUCUGAUAUACCUACCUACAUACAACAAUGCAGUUGCAUCAACUCACAAAAUGUUGACCGAAUAGUGUCAUUAACCAAAAGUUUCACACAAUUUUAUUUGUUUCGAAGUUUGGCAACGAUCGCUCUUGACAUAACGUAAGGUACCUACUUAUAGCUUUAGACCACUUCAGGGGUUAUUCGGACGAGAAGAAAAAAUAUCGUAGAAUUCAAACUAAUAGCUAUCAUAUUAGAAGAAAGCAUGUUAACUUUUAUGGAAAAUGAUUUCCUAACUUAAAGCAGCAAGCAGCUAAGCGCUAAUCGAUUGUAGAUCGUGUGUACCAAAAAAAUGUGAUUAGGAAUGAAGCGGCGAAGUUCAAAACAUUUGGAGCAGAAAGAAUGAAACACCUAACAAUGCAAUAUUACUCGUUUAUAAGAAAUUAUGCAGUCCAAAGUUUUUUUUAUUGUCUUUAUUUCUGUAAAUACAUAUUUCUAUACUUUUGUUUUGUUUACAAAAAGUUUGAUCACAAAUAAAAUAGUUGAGAAAAGAAAACUGGAUCCGCUCCAAAAAGUCCAAAAGACUACUAUCUAUGAUGUUAGUGCUACCUUUUCUCGGGUGGUCCAAAAAAAUAAUAUAAUUGAAUUGAUUCAAUGCCAAAAUGAUCCGGUUCUGUGAGUAAGUAUAUUGUUCUGUAAGAAGGAUCAUUAAGAAAGCUGUUCAAUCAAUAUUCUUCAAAAGAAUAGGACGAUAUAAAAAAUACUAAUUAUCACUUGUUUCCUCGAGAAAAAGUAGCACAAUUGCGAUAAACUAUUACUUAUAGAUAGGUUGACAUAGUAAAAUUUGUCGACAAAAUAUUAAUCAUCAUAUUUCUCUGAAAGUGCUACAAUACAUUGACCUGUUUCUUUGCAUACGCUAUAUCUUUACUAGUUGAUGAA